GGUGUAUGCGUUGUAUGUCAUGUCUGCACGCACACCGAUGCGAUGCACAUUCACACAUCGACCAAGCAUCCAUCCAUCUCCUCACAAGGAAGAAGCACGCCAUAGAUACUUACACAUCACAUUCGCACAUCCAUCCAUUCAUCCAUUCAUUCACUCAUCCACUCAUCCAUCCAUGCAGCCUCCCUGUCGAUCUCUUCUUCGGUUUGUCGGAGCGUGUGGCGCAUUCUCUGGCCCAAAUAACCGGCAGAGAGCACCCACUCAUCUCGUUUCUCGUCGCGUGUCGCCUCCUUCCGCCUGCCUACCUACCUGCCUGCUCGCCUUUCUGCCAGCCACAACAGUCCUGGCUCAGCCCUUCCGAUAUCUUCGUUGUACUGUCCUUUACGCCCACCAAGUAGAUUUUGCUCAACAGAUGGUGGUGGUUGACAACUUUAAUCAGGGAGUCACCCCACACGAACGGAAAACAACAAAGAGCACCGUCACGGUACACAAACCACCGACUGCCGUCGCCUGACUUAAAUUCGGUCAACGAUUCUGACUCAGGCAAAUAUUUGGCCGAAAAACAGCCGGACACAGUCGAAUAUUUGGCCGAAAAAAUAGCCGGACACAGUCUUUCAACACGAUGCGACACACACGAUGCGACACGCACGAGAAACGCACACAGAGAGACACACACAAAACGGAAGAACACUGCUUCACAUCCACUGCUUCACAUCCACUCAACGGCGAAUAUCUCAGAUCCGCGAAUAAAUGUUCACCCAACGACUGAUCACCAUCAAAUGUUCUUACUGCACACCGUUCCGCUAGACCUCCGUGUGCCCUGCCAAAUCGGCUGCAACGGUCUGCUGAGAUUCCGUCGGCUGCUUGUCUGUACCGUCUGACUGCGCCGAUUCCGUACUGGCUGUCCUCCGGCCAGACACAUGAUUGGUGUGAUUGGUCUGCUUGGCCUCAGCUCGUGAUAUCGCCGGAGGACCGAUAAGGGACAAAAGGACGGGUAGACAGAUGAGACCGUGCAUCAUCCCAAACAACACCGCCAUUAGCAUCAUGCGGAAAUAAGUGAAAAAGAUGUAAGAGGGUGAUCCGGCGAGAGGCAGCGUCGCCAGUAAUGUGGACAUGCCACCUGCAUACAUCAACACACGAGCGCAACUGUUGCGCUUUCCGUUGGCCUUCUCGGCUGCCUGACCGUUCGCUAUGCUGACUCCCAUCGUUGAGAGCGCCUGUUGCAUCCGCUCAUCUCGUGUGCCUGGAGCCAGCAUAAAGGCAUGCGCCAGGUGGGCCGAGUAAUCCACAGAAAAGCCGAUCGACAAGACUAGAUUUAUCAUGCUGAUGCUGUCAAGCGGGACAUCCCACCAAGUCAUGUAGCCGAUCUGCAACUGAAACAGGCACAUUCAACGACACGCAGACAUACACGGAGCCGCUUCUGUUAAGCCUACCAGAUUGACGUCGAUCAUCACAAUCAUCACGAAGACAAACAGCACGGUGAGUGGGUGAGACAGGAAGACGAAGGUAACGACCAGCACGGCGGCAACAGCAAUCAGCAUCGUUUGAAUCGUCUGCGGAAGAAUGGCAACGUCCUGUUCGAACCUAGACGCAAAAGCACACAGCAGACAGGCCUAAAAAGCGUAACUCUUUUUCUUCUUUCGGCAUCCCCACCAGAAGAAUUGCGGAUGUGUGACAAACCCGGUCAGCAAGCUCCGAGUCAUCGACCACAUCACGAAAUGAAAGCAUCAAAUCGUCCUGACCGGCAUAAGAACAUUAAAGGUACUGGCAUGUGCUGCGGGAGCACAUGCCCUUCAAUAAACCGUACCUGCUUCCGAAACGGCAAGCCUAUUGUCCUCACAAAAAUGCGCAAGUGGCUUAUGUGUCCAUCAGCAUUCCAAAUCACGUCUUUCUUGAAGGGAUCGCCGUCCUGCUUCAGAAAAGUGUCGAGAUGAUCAUAGAACGCUGCGUGCGACGUGUUGAAUUGGUUCAAGCUUCGCCAAUCAUCGUAUGUGCGCACCAAGGAGGUGAUCUGCAGCGGAUGGAGUGCGCAUUGAAGUCAUUCUGGCUGCUAUCGUGCCUCGCUCAUUCUCACCCUUUUGUCUGUGUCUGCGUGCGCAUACACAUUGUCUUCGAGGUCCGUCGUGAGCUGCUCCAGCUGUCUCAUGUCCUCAGCAGAAGUGAAGUUGAGCCCACUGAUGCUCACAGUCAAGGACAGCUCUUGAGCCGGCCCAUCAAGCCCGAGUCUCUACACGCGCAGGCGAAAGAACAGAUCCACUCAAGCUUGUGGCACAAAUAGAUAGUCUCGUACCUCUUCUGCGACAUAAUACUCUCUGAUAAGAUGAAGGGAUGAAGGCACAGUGCAUUCAUUCACCUGGCGCGUGUUUCCCUACCUGAAGUAGGACCCAUACGGAGACAACUUUUGUAGUCUCAGACCUUGGUCGAGAUGCAGUAUGCCCACAAUGCCUGGGCCACAGUUGGACAUUUGUGCGUCACCGCCCGAGACAGAAUCUGACGGACGUACCUCCAGCCAGCAAGGCAAGGAAAGAGAGGAUGACGGCUGCCUUCACCACAGGCUUGGCGAGGAAGGGGCCAAGGUGCACUUGAAAGAUUGCCGUGAGUCCCCAUGGCAGACGCUGGUGUGGCCCUCUGUACGCUUCCGGGUCCCUGCUCUUGAGGAGGAGCCAAUCUAUGCUGCCGUGUAACAGAAGAAUCACCACAACGUCGGGGCAGAGUCGUAUGAGGGCUUUCGUGCUCUCCCUCACCGGUUGUGGUUCUGCCUGAUUGCGUCCAGGUGUACGCACGCAAGGAAGCCCGUGAUUGUUAAGAGGAAGACGCAGAGAAUGGCAGUGGCCGUGUACAAACAGAAGCCCUUCACAACCGGAAAAGAGGCGGUGGCACCAGCCGCGAACGCGACGAAGGAGGUGAGAGUGGUCAUGGUGAUCGACGGUCCACACUGCUUCAUGGCCAGAGAGACUCGCUCCCUUGGCUCGAUGUCGGGAUCCUUCUCGUGCACCGUGUUGAGGCUAAUGAAAAUGUCGUCGACUGAUAGACAAUCGCGAAUACAAGAAGCCUCGGAACAGGAUGACAUGGGAGAACUCCGCUCUAGUCAGGCGCCCUGCAUACCUCCGACGCCCAGUAUCAAGAAGGGGGAGAGACCAACGACUGAAAGAACCAAAAGCACAUGAGCAACCCAAGUGACCCUCUCGUCAUCGUAAACGGACCUGCCGUGAAAGGCACCCCUGCCAAUCCCAUGAUGCCGUAAGCAAGGCAAAGGGACAGCAUGACAAAGCCGACACCGGUCAGCGCCAGAAGCAUUUGAGACCGGACGAGAUUCUUGUGACGGUAAGUCACAGACACCGUAUAGCCUGACACAUGAACAUCAAGCACGAUUUAUGGCAAGAAACUGAUGAGGUGCUCGCCCGUGCUGAGUGCUCACCGAUGAGCACGAUGAAAACCACCGUCAUGAGGACAAGAUUACCGCCGACGGAUCGCUCGAUCUCGGUGUCUAUGGAGUGCUCUGUCCGCACAUAGACACGGAAGCCCUCACUUUCCCCCCACCGUUCGCUGUCCACAUCGAUAAACCUCGACACGAGAUUGCCUUCCCUACGGACAAAUAGAACAGAUACUUCGUAUAGCAAGAAGAUCGCCUUCACAUUCCUCACCAAGUUCUCGCUUCAUCUAUCGGUCUCGUACCAAACACAAAGUGAUAGGCACUCGCACUGAGCACUCGGCCGUCGGCAGCGCGAUGUGGCAUCGCUAGCAGCAUCGAUACUUCAUCACGCAGCACCCUGCCGCAUUGGUCCAUGCGUGUCCGCUCAUUCAGCUGGUCAAUCAGCUGCUCAUCGCUGCUCGGCAGAGUCUUGUUGUCCCACCAAUUGAAAACCGACAGACGAAAGCAGCUACCGUCAGGGGUGUUGCCGCGGUGGCAUACGUCGGAGAAGGUCACAGCCUUGCCCUCGUGCACCACGCUGUCCGUCAGGAUGCCAUCGAGAAUCUGCUUCGCAUUGGCAAAUCGGUCGGCUGUAAGGACAUUCGCGUCGAAGCUGCCUUGCCAGACAAGGAUGACUGUCGAAAACCUGGCGGCAAAAGACAUUUCGAUUAUUAACCUACCAGCAGUUGAGUCCACACCUACGGCUACUGUGUACCUGAUGCCCUGAUCGCCCCAGAUCUUCUCCACUGCCUUCUCGUCAUGGACGGCCCUCGAGUUGGUAGGAAAAUAUAAUUGCUCCAUUCGCGGCUCAUACUUCAUCAGUCCGAGAAAGACCCCUGUAACGACGACGAUACGCAUGCACAUCGACAAGUGCACAUCGAGCGCAUGAUCAUGAGCUUGGUCCUCACCGAGUCCAGUGAGUGCGAGUAGAACAGGAACGAUAAUGAAGGGCAGCUUGUGACGUCCAGCCGCAUUUGAGAGCCCGUAGAAGCAGCUGGCCAGCCAGUGGUCGAACGAGUGAAGGACGCUGAGGCAUGAUGAUUCUCGUAUCAUAGUGUCCACGUGCAGGAUCUGUGAUGUCGGAUCUGUGAUGUCGGGGUGUGGCAACGGCAAAAGAAGCUCACCGGAGAUCCUCACAUCACGGUGAGAAAUUGAAACGGCGCUUGAACGUCGAAGCACUUGAAGAAGCAGCACAACCGACAGACUCUGCCUGACUUGGUAGGAAACUUGCCGAGAG